AUGGCAUCCGCCGGCGAUGUUCGCGACAUGUUGGAUUUGCCCGCAGAAGGCCAGCCUAGACCACACAAGAAGCAGAAAGUGGUUGAAAAACGACCAGAGGGUAUCACCCGUGAGUUGUACGCGCUGCUGGGCGAAAGGGCGCCGCCAAUCGCGAUUAAUGAGAAUAAAUAUAAGGGGCGUCCAAAAUGGAUGAACAAGCAACGUCCUCGACCCUGGGGCAUGGCACCUUUUACAAACAGCGCUCGUUCCGAUGGCCUGGUUUUGCACCACUGGCAGAGAAAGUAUGAAACGGCACGACCGCCGGUGGCCGCACCAGCAAUCGAAGAAUCGCAAAUGGAUGUGGAUCAGCCGAAGGAAGAAGCGAAGGAAGAAGCGAAGGAAGAGGCUCCCAAAGCAGUAGAGCAGGAUUACGCUUUCGCCAAGUACAACGUCAAACCGCGCCUACCGCGUCGAUACACGGACGACGAAUACGCUCGACUUCUGAAAAGCGAUGACUGGUCGCGUGAGGAAACAGACUACUUGAUGGAUAUCGUCACAGAGUAUGAUAUUCGUUGGGUGAUCAUCGUAGAUCGUUAUGACUAUCAACCGCCACUGGAAACCGAGCCUGAUGGAAAUGCGCUCGUGCCAGCUAAGCAGUAUCGGACGAUGGAACAAAUGAAGGCGCGCUAUUAUUAUGUUGCUGCGACGAUGCUUUCAAUAGAGCACCCACCUUCAGAGAUGUCCGAGGCGGAGUUCGAACUACACGAGAAAAUGCUCAAAUUCGACCCCAAUCGCGAGCGCGACCGCAAAGACUUGGCCGCCUUGCAAAUCAACCGGACAGCAGACGAAGUGCGCGAGGAGGCAAUGUUACUGGAAGAGUUGAAGCGUAUCACAAGCAACGAGCAGAACUUCAUUACCGAGCGUCGCGAACUUUACUCUCGCCUCGAAGUUCCCAUCAGCGUUGGAAACACAACAAUGUACCAGUCCAGCGCAGGACUCUCCCAGCUCCUGCAAACCCUACUACAAGCCGACAAGACCAAGAAACGCCGCUCCAUCCUCGGCGACGGUGCCAUCCCCAGUCCCGCCGGUCAAACUCCAACCACAGCCGGCGGUCUUGGCCGAGCUGAAACACCAGUCAGCCAAGCGGCAAACAACAAAAAAGGGUCCACGGCCUCAAAAGAAACCCAUCAAGCCGUUCGGACCCUCACACCCGCCGAGGAAGCCAAGUACGGCGUCACACACCACGAACGUGUCUCCGCAGGUGUGCAAUUCCGCAGCGAUCGCGCCCAGCGUCUCACACAAGCCAAGUCCAACGUUCAGACACAAAAACUGGCCAACGCGCUCUCCGAACUCGAGAUCCCCGUGCGCCUAUUCAUGCCUACCGAGCGUGUGUGCAAGGACUUCGAGAAACUCAUACAAGCCGUCAACAUGCUUCUCGACGCGCGGAAGAUCUCGGAGAAAGUCGAAAGCGAAGUUCGUGUCCUCGAAGCUGCCAAGUUCGAGCGUGAGCGUAAGGCACGUGAAGCUGCCGGUCUACCCGCUUUGCCUCAUCCUGAGGUGAAGACGGAGGCUGAAGAUGGUGACACGGGCAUUUCUGCUUCCCAUGCAACUGGGCACUCUGCGGCUCCUGCGGCACAACAUGGCCAGGGUGCACCAAAUGCCAAUGCGCAAGAAGCGAGCAAUGAAGGAGAAGCUCAUCAUAAGCGUUCUGCCAGUGUGCUUAGUGGCGUAAGUGAUAAGAGCAACAAGCGUCAGCGGAGGUAG